AUGAACGGACAUGUUUAUACGGUUUGGUUGAUGGUGGCGUUGCUGAUGUACUGCUGCAGUUGGGGUGUUUUGGCUGGUACCGGAGGUGAUCGAUCGUGCCAGACGCGUGCGGCAAAACCACAACCGGGAAGCUGUGUUCCGGUGUCCAAGUGUCCGACCAUCAAACAACACUUGCUGCGGUUGCAAUUCCGCUCAGCAGACCUGUUCGAGGCGUUCCUCCGUGAGCGUGCCUGCAGCUAUGGCAAGGAUGGUACGCUUCAUGUGUGCUGUACAACGUGCUCAGAUCGCCGGAACGCUUUGCCGCCAAACGAAGCCCUCGAAUGUCCGGUGGAUUGUGUCCCAAUCGAGGACUGUCCAGCGGUGUUUGGGCGCAGUAUGGUGCUGCAGAAACGAUACGAUCGUGGCCUUCACAAUCUGCUGAGGAACAGCUUCUGCUACGAGCAGUCCGGUCAGUUGUUUGUGUGUUGCGCACCGGAGCGUUUCGUCAACCAGAGCACAACCGGACAUCGGCAGUUGGCCAAGCGUGUCAGUUGGCAGUCCUGCGUGACUCCUUUUGGGGAUGACGGAAAAUGCGUUCCACCGAGCCGCUGCGCCAUGGUGGACGAUCCGGAAACGAUCGCGUCGGAGUUGGAGGCGUUCGCGAUCGGGUGUGAUCCUGUCGCGAACCAAUCGCAGCUUUGUUGCACCGAAUCGCUGCUCAUCUUUGAUCAGGAAGCGGGAAAAGAGUGCGAAACGAGUGCUGGUGUGGAGGGGAUGUGUAUGGAAUCGGAACGCUGUCUGGAUUUCAUUGAGUCGGAUGAAAAGGACGCGUAUGUUCGACGAAACUGGUGUUACACGAACCUGCAGCAGGUGGACUAUUUGUGCUGUCCUCAGGACCGCAUUAAGGAAGCCCCUCAGAUCGAUUUUGGGAUCCGCGCUGGGGAAGAUCCUCCCGCUUGUUCGACGAUCAUCAAACGGCCCGGUUUUUGUGUUCCUUUAGCCCAAUGUGCUCCAGUGGCUCGACUGCUCAGGCAGAUAUCCGCACGAGGGACGACGGCAACCCCGGACGAGGCAUUGUUUCUUCGAAAUUCGAUCUGCACCACACCGGAAGGGGGUACCGGUUAUCACGUGUGCUGCGAUGUAACAGCCGUCCAAACCACGACAACUCCGGCUCCUACAACCUUGCCAGCGACAUCCGCUUCACCAACAACUCCAGCCAACAGUGUGGCCAACCACGCCAACAUGCGUUUAUUCGAUCGAUCCAACUGCGGCAUGCCGGGAACGAACAACAAGAUCGCAUUCGGUCAACAAGCGCGUCUGUUCCAGUAUCCCUGGAUGGCAAUGAUCGUGUACGCAUCCAGCACGACCGGUACGGAAAGUUCUGACUGCGCCGGAACCGUCAUCAACGUCCGUUAUGUCCUCACGGCGGCUCACUGCAUCGACGGACAGAUGGAACGAAUGCGGUACGUGCGUGUCGGUGAGUAUGACACGCGCACGGAUCCGGAUUGUGAAGAGGACACUUGUGCCGCUCCGAUUCAACGAUACGGUGUGGAGGACGCCAUCUUUCAUCCGAACUUUACGCGCAUAGUGCGAUCGGGACACGACAUCGGAUUGCUGCGUUUGAACCGUUCGAUCGACUUCAGCUCUGGCGAUGUGACUCCGGUGUGUCUUCCAUUCACCAGCGGAUUGAUGGGCUUUGAUCCGACGUUAUACUGGAUUACGGGCUGGGGACUGACCGAACGACUGGAAGUUAGUCCGGUGUUGCUGCAAGCACGCAUUCCGCCUGUAUCAUGCAGUCUGAGCAGCUAUGCCAUUUGUGCCGGGUUUGGAAAUGCCACGCUGCAUUGUGAGGGUGACUCCGGAGGACCUAUGAAGGCGCAGGUUCCGGAGUACAACUUCCGGUUCGUGCAGUACGGUGUUAUUUCGGCUGGACCUCGGUGUGGUGCGCAAGGAGUACCUGGCAUCAGCUCGCGGGUUUCAUUCUUCAUGCAGUGGAUACUGGACAAUAUAAAACCAUAA